CCAACCCGCGUCCGCCUCGGGUCGCCUCCAAUUCUUCUUCCAUUCCACCGCUCGCUCCCCAACAAAGGAAGCCUCCAGGCGCGCGCCACGAUUUCACAGGAACGAAUCGCCGGAGAUGUCGCCGGCGGCGGAGGACGGCGCGGCGGCGUCGAAGCGGCACGCGGACUUGCUCAGGCAGGAGGGCAACACCUUCUUCAAGAAGGACCGCAUCAGCGCCGCCAUCGACGCUUACACCGGGGCCAUAACUCUUUGCCCAAAUGUUGCAGUAUAUUGGACCAACCGAGCACUUUGCUAUAAGAAGCGGAAUGAAUGGGCUAAGGUUGAGGAAGAUUGUAGAACGGCCAUCCAGCUUGACACCCACUCUGUUAAGGCACAUUACAUGCUUGGUCUUGCACUAGUCAACAGCCAAAAAUUGUCUGAAGGAAUAAAAGCACUGGAGAAGUCCUUGGAGCUUGGAAGAGGUGCACAUCCCGCAAGCUACAUGGUUGAGGAGAUCUGGCAAGAGCUUUCUAAAGCAAAAUACAUUGAAUGGGAAAGUUUAUCUCGAGAACGAGCCACUCAAUUGGAUAAGCUGAAGUUGGCAUGUAAAGAAGCUAUUAGGAAUUAUAACAACCUUGGUAAUCCAGCAGCAGAUGUACCUGAAGAACAACUAAAUGAGCUCGAGGAAGUUUUCAGGAAAGCUGCAAAGACUGAUACUCCAACAGAUGUUCCUGAUCAUCUUUGCUGCAAAAUUACUCUUGAUAUCUUCAGAGAUCCUGUGAUCACCCCAAGUGGAAUUACUUAUGAGAGGGCUAUACUUCUUGAGCAUCUUCAUACGGUGGGGAAGUUUGACCCUGUGACUCGUGAGGCACUUGAACCACACCAACUGGUUCCAAACCUUGCCAUCAAGGAAGCUGUACAUGCAUUUUUGAGUGAACAUGGUUGGGCUUACAAGAUAAGAUGAUCGUUUUACAUAUGGGGUGGGAGGUAAGAUUGACAAUACAGGUUUUGGUUAGCUUCGCAUGAAGUUUGCUGUUUUCCUUAGCUUUACAUUGACAAUUGGUGGAAAAAUUUCAACUUGGAAUCGCUGUGUACAGUUCCACCUUCUCCGGUUGAUCUGUCUGCACAUAUGAGAUGCUUGUUACCGUAACAGUUGCCAACAAUACACAACAGAAGUGAACUCAAAUGUCUGAAUUUCUGAUUGUUGGUUUUUGGAAUGGCUUCUCCGCUAAGAGCCAAGAGGGAGAGAGAAAAAUGGUACAUCGAGCUAAUGAGAUCUUGAGAGGCAUUGCCAGUGGCUUACUUUCUUAUGAUUGGUGAAGGCUGUGAGUAAUUUGCUAAAAGGUUCUUGUUGCAAGUGGCGUUCCUGAGCAAUCCCAACAGCAAGCAAAUCCAUGAGUUAAUAUUUCUUUAUCUGUAUCAUAUCGACCCAUAGGUCCGCAAGUGUGUUUAGACCACAGCAUCAGGGGCAUGCAGCAGUUUCUGUAGCUUACUAUAGAAGGGUCAAUGAAUUCGACAAUUGGGAUGGGAUUAACCUUACCCGAUGUGCAGUUUAGAAAUUGACAGAUACAUAUGUAGAAAUGAUCUUGUCUCUUGCCGACUUGAUGCAAUGCAUCGCAAUUUGCAAGUGGCUCCGAACCACUCUUGACUGCAUGUACCAUAGUUUUGGUGCUACUGUUGUAGGGCUAAUAGAAUUGGCUUGUGAUGUAGAACACCUUAUUCUAUCAGUGCAUGGGUUUGUGUUUCUGGGAUA